GUGUCCUGCGGCGCGUCGCACUGCGCGGCGCUCGACCCCGACGGGGCGCUGAUGACGUGGGGCCUCGCGUCUAGCGGCGAGUUGGGCCACGGGGGCUGGACCCCCAUUGAGGUUGACAUCCCGCGCCGGGUGAACUCGAUGUCCGGCGUCAAGGUGACGCAGAUUGCGACCGGCGCGAACCAUACCGUCGUGGUCAGCGAGGGCGGCGGCUUGUGGACGUGCGGCCGCGGGCGGCACGGCCAGCUCGGUCACGGACACUUCAACGACGCGGGACCGCUGCAGAGGCUCGAGGCGCUGCGCGGGAUGAACGUGACGCGGGCGGUGGCGGGCGGCAGCCACACCGUGUGCCUGACGGACUGCGGAAGCGUCUGGUCGUGGGGCGCGUGCCGCUACGGGCAGCUCGGCCUCGGCGACGACUGGGAGGGUCGAACGCCGAAGAACGGCGUGUGGAUCAAGGUUCCGUGCGCGUGCGGCGAUCGGUGCAAAAUCGUUCGCGCCGCCGCGGGUGGCAACCACUCCGCCGUGCUCACCGCGUGCGGCGCAGUGAUGACCACGGGCAGCAACUCGUACGGCCAGCUGGGCCACGGCGACAUCAAGAAGCGCUACGCGUUCACGCGCGUCGAGUCCCUCCGCGGCAGCAGGCUCGCGACGGUCGAUUGCGGCGAGGAUCACACCGGCGCCGUCGGCGACUCGGGGAGGCUGUACCUCUGGGGCAGAGGCGACUGGGGCCAGCUCGGCUCGGGAGACGGCCGCUCGCACUGGUCCCCGGCGCCGGUCAACGGC